GAAUCUCGUCAGACAAGUUCAGACAUUAGCGAUAUAGUUAUGGAGGAGAGAAAACUGCUCAGAUUGCGUCGAUGGAUUCUUGGCUUUGCAUUAAUUUUGACUUGGACCACGGGCCAAAACUGCAGAGCGUAUAUCCCUCAUUCUGGCUCUCUCCAACAGAAAUGGAAAAUGUAGCCUUUUCCGCUCUUCCAGACUCCUUGCAGUUCGACCAAGGCUCAGAAGUGCAUUCAUUCAGGAUCAGGGAUGAUAAAUUGUCGAGUAAGGACGAAAAAAGUAGCAGGCCACGUUCUCUAGAUGGAUUUACUUAUGGAUUUUCCUAUUUCUCACAACAACGAGAUGCAUCCUCGAAAAGAGGUUACCGGCAGUCAGCCAUUGUGAUUCUCACCCACUUGCAAUAUCCAGCUUUAUUUUGUAACCUAGCCUCGACAGUCGGUCCGCUGUAUCACGCUCAUGGCGUACUCAUGCUCGAGACUGCUUGUCACAAUGUUGCCAACUGGUGUAAUCCACUACCUGGAAGUACAUUAGAGCUAGGUUUCCUCGGUUCCGUUAUGCACGUCGAGUUGCCUCAGUCGAUGGAUGAGCAGCAACUAACAGAAACAUAUUCUUUUCAGCAAAAAUUUGAUCCUAGUUUACACAUUUUGGCUUCAUCACCAGUAUUUCAUCCGCCACCUAUAGAUCUAUUCGAGGCUUGCAUAUCACACCUAUGGUCAAUGUGGGAGUGUCUCGUUUUGUGCGAACCGAUACUAGUUUUCGGACGAUCUCCAGCCAUGACAAGCCAAGCGAUAUGGUGGUUAAGAGACAUACUUCGCCCGCUCCCUCUCGCUAUGGAUAUUAGGCCUUAUUUUACCAUUCACGAUAAAGAUCAUUCAUCUCUAGUCAAUAAACUGCCUCCUAAGGCUGGGCUGCUUCUCGGAGUAACUAAUCCAUUCUUCGAAAAAUCUUGUUUACACUGGCCCCAUGUUUUGAGUGUAGGGAAGCACUUACGUGCGAAAAGUGCAUCUGCAACUUUCACAGGACCAUCUCCAGGCUGGCAAACCAAAACUCACAAACGAUAUAUCUCCAAGGACCAAGCACUCCUCAAACAGCUUGAACACGCCUGUAAUGGUAGUCAGCUUACUAGAAUGGAAGCAUCGUUCACUCUACGCCGUCAUUUUUGUUCGCGUACUAAUGCUCUGCUCGUCCCUCUCAAUCGUUACCUGAACUCUCUCAUUCCAACGCCUGCCGAAGCCGGUCAGUUCUCGACUCGACUGAAACCAUUCAGUUCAACGAAUUUCUUCUCAUCUCUGAAAAGCAAUGGUUCUCCAUUGCCGUUCCGAUCUGCUAACAGACAGAAAGACUUUUAUGAGAGGUGGCUGAGGACGCCUGCCUUUGGUCUCUGGUUGGCACAGCAGGAGGAUGCUAUUCAAAAGAUUUUGCUGGAAAAUGCUGUUGCCCCGACUGGCAGCUUUCCAUAACCAUAUCUAGUUUUUUUAAUAAUGUCGGAUCCGUAUGCUUGCACAUA